AUGCAAACCUCCUUCACCACAUUCACCACUGAAUUCCAACAUCCACCUGUUCGACCACAAAAAGAAUCUCUUCUCUCGAGAACCAGUUCCUCCUCUCAUCGAAACGACAUGUCCUCUCAUCGAAACGAAAACAAACAUCAAAAAGACGUCUUCCUCAUGAGAGGAGAUACGUCCUCUUUGUUUGUUCCAUCCUCUUCGUUUCAUCAUCACCACCAACACCAACACAGAAUUCAGAAACCUUCCAAAGUCGCCAUUCAAUCGUUUUCGAAAACUUCAGACGUCGACAUGUGUGAGAGACCAACGUUGAUGAAUCCGUUGGUGGAUAACAAUAACCACUCAGAGAGUCAUCAUCAUUCAAACUUGAUGAUGUAUGUGUCACGAAAAGCAAGAAAAGUUCAUACUCAACCCUAUGAACAAGUCUUGUUGAAUUUUGUGCCAACUUUUGAGAAACAUCCUCACCGUCUUGAUUUUGCACCUCUUCGAAGCACUACCAUGAGAAAGAAUUCGUUCGACAACAAGAAACAGAAGAAUCCACAAGGUCAGAAUUCUUUCUUGACGUUGUCACACUCCACUGAUCAAGCAUGUCAAAAAAACUUGACAACGGUAUCUUCUUCUAAGGAUGAAACAUCAAAUCCAACAUUGUUAAAGAAGCAAGAUGCAACAACACACAAGAAGAGCACAAUGACGACUGGACGACGAAUGUUGUCCAUUCAUGAACUUUUGAAUUAA